AUGCUUUCAAAAGUGGCCAUACCACAGGAGGCCACAAAGUAUUCUACAAUAAAAAAGCCAAAUAAGGUGGCGACAGUAAGACAACAGCCUACCUCCUGCAGUAGGCAAAUUCGCAGAGCUACUGAGGAACCAACCCAAAGUCUGCGUUACUCAUCUAUGACUCUACCCAACGGUAUGAUUCAACCUCAAGUUGGAAGCAUUCGCUACCCUUUCUAUCGUAUGCAAACCCCUCAGAUGGUGCGACAAACUUCUGUCCCAAAUUCUCCUUGCUGUCCAACUGGACAGCAUCCUCGAUUUCCCAUGAGAACUCCAAACCAACUCGUCCAAACUUCCAUAGGACUACCAUAUUCAAACGCAAGUACAAUUUCUUCAAACACAUUGUCCUGUAUUGCCACUCCAAUGACUCAAAGACAUGCAAGAUAUAUUUCCAGGCCCACAGCUUCCCCUGACGAAACUUCUAAACCUCCAUCUAGUGCUUCUUCCUCUCGAGAUAGUGGAAUUUUAUCUCAAGAUUCCUCAACUUCCUCGCAGUCCUACCCAAAUGAUGAUUAUACUAACAAUUUCCAGCAACAGAUUAAUGGUUUUCGAACACCUCAAUGCGUUCCGAAAAGAGCGAAGCCAUUGGCAAAGAAUACAAUAGUUGAACCACCAGUGGUGAAAUUUCGUGGAAAUACAGUGAGUAGUAAUGCAACUUUGAAUAGAUCUCGGGUUGCUACAAGUCUGAAUUCUGGAAGUAAAAUUCCCUCAGCUGUCACUUCGGAUACCUCCUCCCCAGCAACUCCACGAGUAAGUUGGAAUUCAAGUUCGUCAACGGGUGUUGGUAAAGGAGAUACGAGUAAAUCUGGCAAUAAGGUCGGUCGAUCGACUAGUAUUUGCUCUGGAACUCUUGAAAGGGAAAAUAAAAAUAGACUUUUGAAUGGUGAAAAGCAGGAUUCGUCUGGUUCGACUACAAUAUCAAAUAUCGGAAGGAUUCCAAGACCGACAAAUUUAGCCAGAGAGAGGAGUCCUCGAAGAGAGAAAGAUCCCUCUGUGAUAGCUAAAACGUCCAACCAAUCUCUUAGCACAGAAGAGAAAUCUCCCAAAAAUAGUUGUCUUCCUGGACCUGAUCGUCAGAUCGGUGUAACGAAUACCAGUUCCCACAUCCCCACCCUUCGGGCAAAGACUCUUAGCCCACCUCCACAAUUUGCGUCUUCUAAGGCUUCUUCGAUUGGACUGCAGAGUUUGAUGACUCCCGAUUCCAGUAGUACAUCAACUUGCACUCUUGCUGCAACCUCUCGCGAUUCAAGCGCAUCACUUUCGAAUAGAGACCACAUCGCCGCUUGUUCGAAUUUAGACGAUACUCCAACACCUUCAAAUCGUGGAACCCCUGAACCAAAUUCCUCAUCUAAACAAGCCACAAAUAACGCGACUGAUGACUUCAACAAUCUUCCUGUUCUAGCCGUCCCUACAUCACCAAAAACGCCUCGUGUAUCACCGAGAGUGACACUGGCAAGUGAGGAUCAGAGCCGAAGUUCCCUGGGAUACGGUCCCUUGAGUCAUAUCAAACUGCCCUACUCCACACCCAUGCUGCAAAGAACUCAAACUACAUCGAAUUGUGGAUCAAGUGUUAGUUCAAAUAGUGGUAUCUAUGCGAAGAGGGAGAAAUCAUCGAUUUAUGCAGCCAAUACCGGAGGACAACCAAUCUCUGACUCUUUUGGCUCGCAUAUGAGCUUGUCGUCUUCUGGUUCGGUCAUAUCACCGGGAGCCGAGUCUUCUGCCUUUGAAUCCGCAAAAUUACGUCGAGAGCUCGAAGUUGCUCAUCAAAAGAUUGCGGCUCUAACCUGUCAACUAUCAGCAAAUACAACCGUCGUUCAAGCUUUUGAACAAAGCCUUCAGAGUAUGAACCAGCGUUUGCACCAAAUAUCAGCUUCCUCAGCUCUUAAGGAAAGAGAGCUGCAAGAGCUGCGUAAAAUUAUCGAGAAAUUUCGCUGUCAGGCUUUGCAGAGUGAUUGGCCGUGUUCUGCGGAAAUGGCCAAAAAGGGAAAAAAGUUGUCCCAGUCGCAGGAAUUUAUCAAAUCUCAACACAUUGUCGACUCGGACAUGAUGUUACAACAGGCAGGUAGUCUGUCUAGUCUGGUGCACAGUCCGCAUACAAUCAGUAACUUUGGAGGAUUCGGUCGUUAUGUACAGCAAGAACACUCCGUCGGUGGAAUUCGAGGAUACAUGACUCCCAACUAUAUGCCUAUCCGUGAUUCCUUCGAUCGAUCUAAUAAGAAAGGGGGUAGCUGGCUUCGGUCGUCCAUAAAUCGCGCCUUCCGUCGCAGCAAAAGCCGAGAUCCACCAGACCGUGCAAAAGUCACAUCAACCUCCUCUUCUCAUGAUGUAAACUUGCCUAGUCCUGGAAGGCAUGUUUCCCUUCUAUUUGCCAUGAUAUCUGAUUACUCGACUUCAUCUCAUCAAGUGUGCACCACUCACCAACAAGUUCAAGUGGAGGAAGGAGGUGAGGGAAUGGUCGGUGGUGAGAUGAUGCUGGAAAUGAUGCAGGAAACAGUUCGUAGUCUGCAGUACCAAGUUCGCUGUCUUCGAGCUGAAAACGCCUUCCUACAACGGGCAGUCGAUCGGUGUUCUACUGUCAAUUCUGCUGAAUCCUCUUCUGAUAAAGUUUCUCUGACCACGUCCCGUGGAUCAACCGGCGCUUUCUCUUAUAACGCUGUAUCCAGUCCAAUGAAAAUUGGGCGUCUACUUAGAGAGCUCUUCCCAAUUUCUACCGAAAAUGGACAGCAGAUAGUACCCGUAUUUAUUGAGUUGAAUUACAGGCCAACUUCCGAUCGAUCGGGAAGUGACAUUCUGAACGCCCGCCGCACCACCACUCCAUCUAGCCCACGCCAGCACCAUCUACAGCUGCCCUGCCAGCAGGUGGCACAAAUGGGGUGUCCCUCACCAAACAUCAGUACUCGAAUGUUUGGAGUUAGUGGAGAUGCUGAGGAACUCUCACAUCUACAUUUAAUUGGUAGAGUUUGCCUUGAUCAGUCAGCUUCGGAAUUAAUGGCUAAAGUUAAGAGUCUCUUCCAAAUUUACCUUAGUUACCUCGAUUCUGAUGAUCAGUUGGGACUAAAUGUAAAUAGCAUCUCUUCAGUUUGCAUCAGAAUCACACCUCAAACUAUCAGUAGUGAAAAACAACCGAAGGAAAUUCAAUUAUCUCCACUCACCACUGAACUUAACCCACUGAAAAUCGAAAUUGGUUAUGAGAUUUCUCGUAUCAAGAUUUCUCUGCACGAUAACGCAUAUGCUUUGGAGAAACCUGAUGCUCCAAGUCUACUUAACCCACUGGCAGUGUCUUCACUCGCUUGGAUCUCUUUGCUCUCUGCUUCACUUCUGGGUAAAAUGAUCGAAUCACUGCUGGCUAACAAGCAGUUAAUUAUCUCCUAUGGGCGUUGGCGUCGGUAA